CGCAUCAAAAGAGGCCCGGUUCGGCCGUGGCGAUCACAUUCGUCGAUCGGUCGUGUAUCGGUGCAGAUCAUCGAAGUGUGUGCACGUGUGUCGUGUGCUGUGUAGUGUGUCUGUGUUACUAACGUUGAAUGGUGAAAACAAUCCGUUCUAAAUGUCUCGUUACGGGAUGCUGACGCCGUUGUGUGUGACGUUGUUCGUUGCCCUGUGCCUUGUGGACGCCACGCCGAAGCUCGAGGUGGUGAAGCAAUGGAAUCUGCUGAACUUUAACUUCCCCUGGGACUAUCCGGCUUCGAACAAGGAGUACUACAAUCCGGAAAACAUCGUAGCAACCGGUAUUGAGGUGGGAUAUGAUCGCAUUUUCAUUGCGACACCGCGACUGUUCUCGGGCGUACCGUCGACCCUGUCCACGGUGCCACGGGGUACGAACGGUGACUCACCGAUACUGCAGGCCUACCCGGAUUGGACACAUCAUCGGGCGGCCACCAAGGAGUAUAACUGUUCGGAGAUUGGACUGGUUUCGGUGUACCGGGUGCAUAUCGAUUCGUGCAAUCGGUUGUGGGCACUCGAUGCCGGUGUGUCACGGUCGUUGGAAGAUUUUGAAAUAACGUGUCCACCGAAGAUACUGGUGUACGAUCUGCACACGGAUCAGGUGGUGCGCCGGAUCGAUUUUCCGCGAGAGGUGAUCCGAGGAGAGUCGCUGUAUACGAAUCUGAUUGUUGACGAAACGACUUCCCGUCCCGAGAAUAACUGUGACGAUGUGUUCGUUUACAUGUCGGAUACGGUGGCACCGGGUAUUGUGGUUUACGAUAGCACCAAGGAUUUGACGUGGCGUGUCAGCCAUCCAGCCAUGUACCCUGAUCCGGACUUUGCCCAGUCGGCCAUUUUGGAGCAUCGCUUUACGCUGAUGGAUGGCAUUGUGGGAUUGGCGUUCGAUUUGGAUGCCGGCAUCGUUUACUUCCAACCGUUGGCCACUGAUCGCAUUUUCUCGGUAACGACGGCUGCUUUGCGCGCCGGGCCAUUGCCAUUCGGUAAGGAACUGCCCGUAAAGCUAGUGGGACGCAAAUCAUCGCAGGGAAUCGGUUUGGCGGCUUCUCCCCGUGGCGGUACCAUCUUCUUCGCUCCCUUCACCGAAACGGCCAUUGCCUCGUGGAAUCCACGCACGAACGAGCAUCACAUUCUUGCCAAGGAUCAAGAAAUGCUUCAAUUUGCUGCCGAUCUGCGUACACCGGACCGUGAUGGGACGGCACUGUACGUCCUGACGACGAAGUUCCAUCGGUUCUUCCUGAAAAACCUGGACGCUAAUGAGUUCAAUACCCGGAUUCUGCGUAUCGAUGGUGUCGCCAUACCGAGCAGUAAGCUCGAUGCUCAAAGUCACCUGAGUCCGACCGUACCGUACGAAACGCUCACUGGUAACAAUUACUAUCACUCGUCGGUGGUGCUGCCCGUACCGUAUAAGCCAUUAGCCCCCGGACAAAGCUAUGCGUUGCCUCCGGCCGCGACCACUUCAACGCCGGUGGGCGUUUUCGGUGCUCAGCCGUUGCCACCGUUGCCACCCAGCACUACCUAUGGCCACAGUGUGCAAGUGAAGCACCCGUUCGGGCCGGGCGUUGGGCCAACGAAAUCGUCAUUUUUUAUCCUGAACAGCGGAGAGAAAGCGUUCCCUCCGCCAGCCCGACCACACUACGCCUCGAAGGGGCCUACUUUUAUUCCGAAAAUCAACCUGAACUACAACGAUCUGAAUGGUUUGCGGUUCAGGAAGAGCUUGCCGGCGAACGAAACCGUAGCUCACUGAAGCGGUCGUGAAGGCGGGCGGUAGGUAGGAAGGAGAGGAAGUUCAAGUGUAAAUAGGACCGUCUGUCAUAAGAAGCAAUAUGAAGUCUUUGCUAUAGCCCAAUUGCUCGUCAUCAGUGGCCCGGGAUACGGUAACAGUACAGACAGUUGUCACUACCGACGAGCAGUAUGCCAUUGACCACACUGCCACGUAAUAUAUAGGAGAUACUCGUAAAUUAAGCAGCAAUCACCUUCGGAACCCGAUGACAUAUUAUACCGAUUGCAUUCCAUUGGAUGAUUGGAUGUUUCUUGGAAUUCAUUUUCAGCAAUUAACAAUGACCAUUCAUAGAUUCCAUUUCACGCGAAAUUCGAGAGCAUAGUGUGCGGUUUCGCACAUGACAACAAAUAGAAACAAUAUU